GGCGCGUCGUACUGAGACGCGCCUUGACUUCCGUGCAGCUCCGCGGCUACAUUGUGUGGACAGCAGCAGCACGUUGUUCAGACUCCUCCACUGACCCAAACCUCUCCUGCUGCAGGAGAACCAGCCUUCGCUCCUCACCGCAUAUUCCCUCAGGCGCCGGUUACUCUCAGCUCGCGAAACCAUGUCUGCUUCGGCGGCCAAAGUGAGUAAAAAGGAGCUGAAUUCAAACCACGACGGAGCGGACGAAACCUCCGAAAAAGAGCAACAGGAGGCUAUUGAACACAUCGACGAAGUUCAAAACGAAAUCGACAGGUUGAAUGAGCAGGCAAGCGAGGAGAUCCUCAAAGUAGAACAGAAAUACAAUAAACUUCGCCAGCCCUUCUUCCAGAAGAGGUCAGAACUGAUCGCCAAAAUCCCAAACUUCUGGGUCACCACGUUCGUCAACCAUCCGCAAGUCUCUGCUCUACUCGGGGAGGAAGAUGAAGAGGCGCUUCACUACCUGAGUCGGGUGGAGGUGACAGAGUUCGAAGACAUCAAGUCGGGCUACAGAAUAGAUUUUUAUUUUGAUGAAAACCCGUACUUCGAAAACAAAGUUCUUUCCAAAGAGUUCCACCUCAACGAGAGUGGAGACCCGUCUUCAAAGUCGACUGAGAUCAAAUGGAAAUCAGGAAAGGACCUGACAAAGCGCUCCAGCCAGACUCAGAACAAGGCUGGAAGGAAGCGACAACACGAGGAGCCAGAGAGUUUCUUCACCUGGUUCACCGACCAUGCUGACGCUGGGGCAGACGAGCUGGGAGAGGUCAUCAAGGAUGAUAUCUGGCCUAACCCCCUGCAGUACUACCUGGUCCCAGACAUGGAUGAUGAGGAGGGUGAAGGAGAAGAUGAUGAUGAGGAUGAAGAGGGGCUGGAAGACAUUGAUGAAGAAGGAGACGAAGAUGGAGAGGAGGAUGAGGAAGAUGAUGGUGAAGAUGGAGAGGAUGACGAUGGAGAGGACGACUAAAGCUACCAGACCCUCAAACUUCUCUUCCUCGUUGGCUUUAUCCACCAUGAUCGGGAGCAAAGUAUUUAGUUUUUUCUGAUUUCCAUGUGCUUCUGUCCAUUCUGAAGCAACCACCUAUUUGGUGCCAUGUUACGUUCUUUAACUCCCAGGCCAAUGGCACUUUGCCCUGAAUUGUGAAAAACCUCCCUUAAAAAAUAAAGAUCAUCUCAAAAUAAUAAAAUGUACAAAAAAUAUCUUAAGGGUGACACCGUGAGUGGAACGAGAAAUUAAUUGGAGGCUGACCACCUGGUGUAGUUACCUAGCACUAGAAGAACUCCUCAACUCCUUAGUUCCCUAUGAUUUCUGUAUGACCUGUUGUCCCUUGUGAGAUCCUGCUCAUUCCUGCUUGUAAUGUUUUUCGGGGAGGGGGGUGGGAUGUGAUGGGCUUAUCAGGGAAGGUGGAUGUUUUGACACCAUUUCUAUGGGAUUUUUUUUUCAUUGUAUUGUUUUACAGAUAUCCAUACGAUUUGAAAUGACAUUUUUAAUAAAGAGAACAAAAAGAGAAAAAAACAAGCUUGUAAAUUGUGGCCCCCGCUGCUUAAGAAAUGACCACCGACUCAUCCGCAUUAAAAUCACGUUUUCUUUUCCGCUGGGGGGAAAAACUGUUUUAAAUUUGAGUUGUACAACUUGCUUUGUUACAAUAAAACUUAAUGUGUAUACAUGUGUGGGACUCAA